AUGAUUGCUACAACCGCCAUCGUUGCUCGGGAGCCCGAGAAGCCACAGAGCAUAAACUGGGCGAUGGAGGAGGUCGAGGUGUAUACGCCUGGCGAGGGCGAAGUUCUGGUCGAAAUGCAUGCGACAGGCAUCUGUCAUACGGAUAUAGUUCUCUCAUCGGUACCAUCUGGAGGGAUUGGAAUCCAAUAUCCCAAGGUACUAGGACAUGAAGGCGCCGGUAUUGUACGCGCACUGGGCCCGAAUGUCAAGUCCGUCGAGGUCGGGGACCCAGUCCUACUAUCCUACUACUCGUGUUCAUCGUGUGACGCGUGUCAGAGCUCGCAUCCCGCCUAUUGCGACGUAUUCGCCGGGGAGAAUUACGUUGGACGCCAGGGAGCAAUGAAAAUCCGGAAAGCCGGGGAAGAGCCUUGGUCAAGGUUUUUUGGCCAGUCGAGCUUUGCCCGACACAGUGUAGUCAGUGAGGCCAGCGUUCUCAACGUCAAAGAUAUCCUCAGGAGCGAGGACGAGCUCAAACUCUUUGCGCCACUGGGAUGUGGAUUCCAAACUGGAAUGGGCGCCGUUUUGAACACUUCUGAAGCUGGCCCGGAUGAUGUCGUGAUGAUAUUAGGCUUAGGUGCUGUUGGAAUGGGGGCGCUUAUGACCGCCAGAAUCUGCGAAUGUAAGGCGAUAAUUGCUGUGGAUAAGGUUGCGACACGCCUUGAACAGGCCAAGAGACUAGGGGCAUCACAUACCAUUAACACUGGGAGCCUUCAUGGAAAAGCCUUGAAGGAUGCUGUUUCCGACCUAUCCUUCCCCGGGGUCACAGUUGUAAUUGAUACCACAGGUGUUCCAACUGUCAUUGAACAAGGCCUCCAGGCUACACGGAAAAGAAGCAAAUUGGUCCUUGUAGGGGUGCCUCCCUCAGGAUAUACUCUUAACAUUGACGUUGUGCAACAUAUAAAUGUGAGUGAAUAG